AGGGAGAUGUGGAAUAGGAGGAAAUGGAAAUGUCAGAGAAAGAAAGGCGUGAAAUAAGAAAGAGGAGAAGGCGGCAAAGAAGACUGAAGGGGAGGACGGAGAGGGUGCAGCCUCUUCCUGCCUCCUGCCCUGCCCUCCGCCGGGCCCUCCUCACCGUGCCCGAGGCGGACGUGUCCGUGCUAUGGCCACGGGCAGUCAGGGCAGGCCGUUUGAGAAACGGCGCGGUUGGCCCUGAGCCCGCGGAGUGCCGGGGCAGCGCCCAUCGCCCAGGUACCGAGGGUCGCGUGGCACUGGCCAGCGCCCGUCAGUCUUCGCCGACCCGCGCUCCGACCAGCAUCAUGGCGUCCCCUCGAGCGGCGCUGAUUGUGCUCCUGGCGGUGAUAGGAACCGCCACGUCCGAUAAGUUAGGUGGGCAUCACCACCACUCCAGUCAUCACAGCAGUCACCACGCCAGUCACCAUGACAGUCAUCACGGAAGCCACCAGCAGCAGUCUCCGUCACGCCAGAGGUCGUCGGGCUACACCUUCCCGCCGCCGCUGCCCUCUAUGGCAGCAGCGGGCAUGGUGGCUCCGCCGCCCGACUCCUCCGAGGAGGACUCCGGGUACGCCUAUCCCGCUCCUGCCCGCUCGUUUGAUCCUUCGGGUGGAGACGCCAACUCGCCCCCAAGCCCCUUCUACGAGCGUCCCAGCAACGUCCAAUUCCGCUCAAGACGUCCUUCUCAGUCCUUCGGCCACGCGUCGCACCACGACGAGGAGUCCUCGGAAGAGAGGUCCGAUUCCGCACUCAGUCUCCUCGGGGACUCGUUUGUAGGCUCUUCCGGAGGAACCUUCGGGUAUUCCCUCCGUGUUCCCAAAAAUCCUUUCGAUAAAUUUGCAGCUUUAAAGGAUUCUUCUGAUUCGUCUGAAGACAGUACCCUGGAAGCCGUGGGUGAUGCGUUCACAGAUUCGUCUGAGAAGACUGUUGGGUAUUCUUAUCCUGUGCCCGCAGUUCCCUUCGAUGCCCUGGGAAACGACGAUUCCUCGGAAGAGGAUGAUGCCAUCGAGGCUGUGGGCGACGCUUUCAUCGGUUCCUCUGAGAAAACUACUGGCUAUAACUAUCCUGUCCCAGCCAUUCCCUUUGACGCCCUGGGAGACGAAGAAGAUUCCUCCGAAGAAACUUCCGGCUAUGCUUACCCUGUCCCGGCGCAGUCUUUCAGCGCAUUUGGGUCAACAGGCUUAAGAGCUCCACAACCUCCAGGACGUUUGUAUGCUGCUCCUUCGGACGAUUCUUCUGAGGAACACCACUCCUCUUCAGAAGACCCUCGUGAAGCAGUAGGAGAUUCCUUUAUCAAUUCCGCAGAGAAAACGACCGGGUACAACUACCCCGUGCCUCAGAUUCCCUUUGACGCUCUUGGCGAGCAAGACGACUCCUCUGAGGAAUCGGGUCCUCUAGAGGCUGUGGGAGACGCAUUCAUAGGUUCCUCUGAGAAGACUACUAGGUACAAUUAUCCCGUGCCUGAGAUUCCUUUCGAUGCUUUGGGAGAUGAAGAUUCCUCAGAAGAAGACUCAGGAUAUGCCUACCCUGUUCCAUCAGAAGCUUUCAGUGCUUUUGGAUCAAGCAGCCUAAGAGCUCCAGGGCUUAAAUAUUUACCUCCAACAGAGGAAUCCUCUGAAGAAGAAUCAGGAUAUGCCUAUCCUGUCCCGGCCAAAGCCUUCAAUGUCUUCGGAUCAAGCAGCCUAAGAGCUCCGGGUCAACUCUACUCGGCUCCCUCAGAUGACUCCUCUGAGGAGUCCUCCUCAGAAGACCCACGUGAAACUGUAGGGGAUUCUUUUGUAGGUCCCUCGGAAAAGACUACAGGAUACAACUACCCUGUGCCCCAGAUUCCCUUCGAUGCCCUUGGAGACGAAGACUCUUCUGAGGAGGCAGAUCCUUUGGAGGCUAUUGGGGAUGCCUUUACAGAUUCCUCUGAGAAAACUGUAGGUUAUAAUUAUCCCGUUCCUAAAAAUCCAUUCAAUGCUCUCGGAGACGAAGACAAUUCAUCUGAAGAGUCGGACCCCUUGGGAACCCUAGGGGACGCCUUUGUAGGUUCCUCAGAGAAAACUACAGGUUAUAACUAUCCUGUUCCUCAGAUUCCCUUCGAUGCCCUCGGAGAUGAAGAGGAUUCAUCCGAAGAAACAUUGGCUGUCCUUGGAGACGCCUUUGUAGGGUCCUCAGAAAAAACAACUGGCUAUAAUUACCCUGUUCCUAGCAUUCCCUUCGACGCUUUAGGAGAACAGGAAGACUCUUCUGAAGAGUCUGAGUUGGAAGCUGUCGGAGAUGCCUUUAUUGGCUCCUCGGAAAAAACUGUAGGCUACAAUUACCCUGUUCCUGCCAUUCCUUUUGAUGCCCUGGGAGACGAGGAAGAGGACGACUCCUCCGAGGAAAUCUCAGGGUACUCCUACCGCGUACCAGCAGAAGAAUUCAAUGCCUUGGGAUCAACAAGCCUGAAGGCUCCCAGCACUGAAUACUUCCUGCCAGACACUUCGGUCUUUUCGACCACUUCCGUGGGCACUCGGCCAAGGAACAGGCCUCACAACACAGGCAGUGGCAACGCUCCUACCUUCUUUGCACCUGUAGAAUCUCGGCCACGGGUUUCCAAUGCAUACCUGCCACCAACUACCCAGGCUCCUCCAAGAAGGACCUAUCUAGCGCCAAGCACACCGAGACCUUCAACCUCCCGGCCGUCGACGAUUUACCAACAGCCAGCUACAGAGGCCCCGAGAACUUAUUUGCCACCGACUACACAGCCUCCAAGUAGGACUUACCAAAGGCCAAGUACACAAGCACCAAGAAGGACUUACCAACGGCCAACUACUGAAGCACCGAGGACUUACCUACCGCCAUCUACUCAGGCUCCAAGAAGGACUUACCAACAGCCUGCUACAGAGGCCUCUAGGACUUACUUGCCUCCAUCUACACAAGCUCCAAGAAGAACUUACCAACAGCCAACCACUGAAGCUCCUAGGGCUUACCUACCACCAUCUACGCAGGCCCCAAGAAGGACUUACCAACAGCCUGCUACAGAGGCCCCUAGAACAUACCUGCCACCAACGACUAAGGCCCCAAGAAGGACUUACCUUGCACCUAGCAGGAGGGAUGACUCUGAUGAAGAUACGUCCAGGACCUUGAGCUCGAGUCACAGAGGAGCGAGCAGUUCCCUGUCGCAUUUCACAGUCCGCACCCAUGACUUCUCGAGCGGCAUCAGCAGCACCUUGGAUCGCAUCUCAAGCAGCCAACGAAAGCACGGGAGUGAGCGCCGUGUCAAACAGUUCUAUGCAGCUCCUGAAGAAGAUGAAGAUGAUGAUGAAAGCUCAGAGGAAGAUUCCGAGGAGACUUUCACUCACAGGCCCGUGAAUCAGUUGUACAGUGCGCCCUCAACCACCCAGAAACCCCCUAGUCAGUUUUAUGGUGCACCGUCAACAACUCACAGGCCAGCAACAACCCGUACACCACCGAGUCCAUUUUACAAUGCACCUUCAACAACCCAGAGACCCCCGAGUCAGUUUUAUGGUGCACCGUCAACAACUCACAGACCAUCAACAACCAAUACACCACUGAGUCCAUUUUACAAUGCACCUUCAACAACCCAGAGAUCACCAAGCCCAUUUUACAAUGCACCACCAACAACUCAAAAAGCUGCACCAUCUACAACCCACAGACCCAUAAGUCAACUGUAUAGGGCACCAUCAACUACUCCAAGACCAACAACAACACAAAGACCCCCAAGCCCAUUUUAUGGUGCACCAUCAACAACGCCCAAUCCUGUGAGACAGCUGUACAGUGCCCCAUCGACCACUUCGAGUACUGUAAGUCAGCUCUACCUGGCACCGUCAACAACUUCUAGACCAGUGAGUCAGCUCUAUGUUGCUCCAUCAACAACAACUCACAGACCUGUAAUUCGAACGUAUCUGGCUCCGGAAACUGAGAAGCCUGUAAGUCGCGUCUAUGGCGUUCCAUCUGAGAACUCUGAUGAAGAGCCUUCAACACACAGACCGCCAAGUCGAGUUUACGGCGCACCGGCUCAGGAGGAGGACGCCUCUGAGGAAUCGAAGGUCAGCUUCCCACCAAGAAGCCACUUCUCUAGCCACUCUUCCGCCGAGGGGCAGUCCUUGUUCGUGAGGAUGGAAGACCAUGAGGAAGAGGAAGGGGACAGCGAUGAGGAAAGUAAACUCCCAGUUUUCAUCCUCCUGAAGGGGAAGCAAAAUAACCGGAUUCCAACAACAUAUGGCUCCUUUAACCAACAAAAGGAUAGUGAUGAGGAUGUAAAUCUUCGCCUUUUCUUGCCAUACAUCGCUGGUGAAGGAAGACGCGGUACUUUUGGCAGCCUGAGACUCCCUCCUUCCUCUGUGCCAGGCGUAGAAAAACUGGCGGACCUGAAGCCCACUCAGCUGACCGACCAAGUCUCCGGCUACCUCACGGAGCUCGAUCACCCGGGAAGUUCCAGGUUCCUCUCCAUCCUGUCUCGACGCGUGACGGAGAGCGACGAGGAUAGCAGCAGCGAAGAAAGUGACGAGGAAGAUGAAGAAGAUGAGGAAGAGGAAGAAGAGGAAAAGGAAGAGGAAGAAGUAACACCACCAACAAGUUUCCUUUCCGGCCGGACUUCCCGUGGGCGAGUUCGAGGAAGGCCCGUGCAUAGAAUAGGAAGCAGUCGUUCUGCGCCCUAUGGCUAGGUCACGCCGGGUCAGUCGAUGGUUUUCUAAUCGCAUCUUGGGACCGCUGCCUGUCUACGUAUUAAAUCGUUAUAUCCAAACGUUGUUCAUAUUUCUUAAUGUGCACAAGCAUAUAUUUAUGCGACAAGUGUCUUCUCGUGUCCCAUAAAAAUAUUAAGAUGUCUUGGCUUAAAAAGGAUGUCCUAUCGUUUCAGAGGCGAUAUAUUCUUGAAAUAACUUGAUUAUAUAUUGAUAAGCAGACCUUUUUCUACUCUAUGUACAGCCAUUGCAUCAUAUCGCUGUACAAAUGCUGCCUUGUCACGUGCGAUGGGCACAAGACUACAAAGCCGGUGGUGGGCGCCAUGGAAAUUCUCAAGCUUGCACAAUCUUCGCCGUUUAAUGAAUUUCGAGCGAAUCUUUCAGUUCUCUUUAUCGAAUGUAUACUAGAUGGACAAUCUAUCUAUUUAUCUAUUUAUCUAUAUAUGCUAUCUGUAUUUCCCCCUUCUACAUAUUUAUUAUUAUAUUUAUUUAUACAAUGGAAGAAAUUCAUACGAAUCAAA